GUAGAUGCGAAAAAGCAGUCGUGUCUCUCUCUCUCUCUCUCACAGGGGCACACCAGAUUAAACCAAACCAGAAAUCUGGAGAAUCCUCCCUUCCUUCUUCCCCCCAAAAGAGAGAGUUUUGCGAAUCAGGCGAAAGUAGAAGAAGAAGAAGAUAAAGAAAGGGAGAAGAGAAUAAGAUCGGAACGGAAGGAUGGCGAAUCUGUAUGUGAAAGCGGCACCACCGCCGGACAUGAACAGGAACACGGAGUGGUUCAUGUAUCCAGGGGUGUGGACGACUUAUAUACUAAUCCUCUUCUUCGGGUGGCUCGUUGUUCUCUCCCUCUCUGGCUGUUCCCCUGGAAUGGCUUGGACUGUUGUUAAUCUCGCUCACUUCGUUGUAACGUAUCACUCCUUUCACUGGAUGAAAGGAACUCCUUUUGCAGACGACCAAGGUGUCUACAAUGCUCUCACCUGGUGGGAACAGAUGGACAAUGGUCAGCAACUUACCCGCAACCGCAAGUUCCUUACCGUUGUUCCUGUCGUCCUGUACUUGAUAGCAUCACAUACAACAGAUUACAGACAUCCAUGGCUAUUCCUCAACACACUCGCUGUGAUGGUUCUAGUUGUGGCCAAGUUCCCUAACAUGCACAAGGUACGCAUCUUCGGGAUCAACGGUGAUAAGUAAGGCUUCUUUAGCAUACUCAGAUCCAUUUCUUUUUAUGGCUACAGAAAAAGUGGAUAUGAAGCAAAACAUAUUUGUAUAAAAUGUUGAUAUGAGUUGGUUUUGAGUUGUCCGAUAUUUUGUAAGUAACUUUGAAGCUUUGAAUUUCUUCUCUCUUUUUAAAAAAACAUAGACACGAAAUUGAUAAUUUCUAGUAAAAUUAAUUUGCGCA